AUGCGAGACGAUACAUAUAUCGGGAACCUGACAUCAUACGGAGUAAAGGGCUGCAGUGACAGCAACCCUGGGUACGGGGAUUUCGGCACUGGCUAUGUCGGCUUCUGUAACCAAGGGUCAAGCUGGAACUCAAUGUACCUUGACCUGCUUGACGACUAUGAUUUCACUGCGUACUAUGAUGGUACAUGCACCGCGGGAACUGGGCAGAACAUUACACGAAACCCCGCUGGCGGAGUGUAUUGCAAUGAUGCAGAUGGUGCUAGUCCAUGGGUUUCGUACUGGGUUUCACCUAAAGCUUCAUGA